AUGUUGGUUAAAUGUAUUGGCCCUACUCACGAUCUACUAUAUCGGACGACUCUAGGCAUCCCAAGAAGUAUUAGAGUUUUUACUCAAAAUUGAAGAAAUAUAGAAAGACAUUGAAUUGCUCAUUCAGUCAUGGCGCCAAGCCAAAUGCUGAUGCCAAACCCUUCAAAGAAGCUUAUAAGGGUAAAUAUUCUUGCAUUGUUUGAUAAUCAGUCCAAAAGAUCGAUAUCUUCAUUGUCGUACUUCUUAUAG